UCAAAUAGACUUUUUUAAUAACACAUUUGUGUUUAUUAGUCCCAGGGGUUUCAAUUUAAAAAAUGCUGGUCAGCUGAGUAAACAGUUCAUGCUAUGGAGAUGUCCCUUUGUUUACCAGAUUCUGCUCUUCUCCUUCUGUCUAACAGAACAGCACAGAGAUGCUAAGCUUUCAUGGGUAAACUCAGGGUCUGACGGUGUAGGACCCAGCAUGCAGGAGAUCAGGCUCUGUGGCAGAAACGUAAACAUUGAAUAAAUAAAGGUGACAAAAACCAAAGAAACAGAUGACAAACAGAUGAGCUGACCACAAAAUCUGAAAACCAGACACUUAACUAAGUGAAAUGAAGACAGCUAUGGAUUAUCAUCAACCUAAACCUGCAUGGUGACUGACGGGGGGUCAACUCGAAACCAGAACGUGACAAAACCAAACCCAAGACCACAACCCUCAGGUGGCAGUCUGGUGUUGUGCGUGAGUCAAAGUUAGUUGAAGCUGUUGAAAUGGAAAGGACAGCCAGGACUCCACGGGGAGGGACUUUCUGGACAUUCCAUCAUGCGCAACAAGUCCAUGUGCACAAAUCCAGGAUGACAGCGCACCGCCGGCUCCAAAGCAGCUGAUCGGAUGAAGAUCAGAGACUUUCUUUUGACUUGUCGUGUUUUUGCUCAGCCAAAGGAGGUCUCCGAGUGAACGGCGGGAAUGGCAGCUUUCUGACACCCAGCUCAGCAGAGAAAAGUUUGGAGACGCAAGCACCAGGACUCGAGAAGGAUCCAGCGCGUCCGCGUCCUCAUGACGCCCGCUCUCUAGAAAGCAACAAGUCUGCGAUACGUUAAACUCCAACAGGUGAACAUGUGUCGCUUCAGUCUGACCGAACUGCAAAGAAAGACGCUGCGCAAAGUCUGCGCGCACAAGCGGGGAUGACGCAGCCCGAGCCGCGAGCCCACGAUGAGAGCGCUCCGCGUGUUCAGCCUGACAUUCCUCCUGUGGCCGUGGGGCCAGAGCAGCAGAACCUGCCCCGACCUGAUCCUUGACAGCUGUCAGUGCUCGGCUCACAGGUCCAAGGAUCCGAGCAGGCAGCGCGUCCGAGUCCGAGUGCUGUGCGACGAUGUGGACCUGAUGGACACGCUGCCCGUCAGCGCGCUGCCCAACACUACGGUCUCUCUAAAUCUGAGCAACAAUAAAAUCUCUCUGCUAAGGAAUGGCUCCUUUUUUGGCUUGGCUGCCCUGGAAAAGCUGGGCUUAAAGAAUAAUUUGAUAAGUACCAUGGAGCCUGGAGCCUUUCGUGGACUUCUGGCUCUCAGGAUCUUGGAUUUGUCCAACAACAGGAUUGGCUGCCUCUCACCUGAGAUGUUUAUUGAUCUAAGGAGCCUGUUAAAAGUGAAUUUAUCUGGGAACAUCUUUUCCACUCUGACAGCUGGACUCUUCACAUCCCUCGUGUCUCUGAAAGUGCUACACUUCAGCACUGAGACUCUGUUCUGUGACUGUCACAUGAAGUGGCUGCUCACUUGGGCUCAAAGCAACUCUGUGAGAAUCGGCAACGACACAGUCUGCGUUUUCCCCACUCGCCUUCGUGGGCUGGCGUUCCACCUUCUACAGGGACAGCAGCUCACCUGUGAUAGUCCCUUGGAAUUACCCCUCUUCCAGUUGAUCCCUUCCCAAAGGCAGCUUGUGUUCCGUGGAGACCGGCUCCCUCUGCAGUGCACUGCCUCCUAUCUGGACCCAUCAGUGGAGCUGCAAUGGCAUCAUAAUGGCCACAUCGUGAGCACGCAGGAGAGCUGGGAUGUCUAUGUGGAGGAGACCCUACUUCAUGACUGCUGCUUGGUAACCAGCGAGCUCAUCCUCUCCAACAUUGAUGUGAAUGCUGCAGGCAGCUGGGAGUGUGUGGUCACAAGUUCACGUGGAAACACCUCCAAGCUUUUGGAGAUCGUUGUAGCAGAGACCUCUGCCACCUACUGCCCUGCUGACAGAGUCAACAACAACAAGGGAGACUACAGUUGGCCAAAAACUCUGGCUGGCUCUCUGGCAUUCCUGCCCUGUACUCUGCCAACCUUUGGUUCCACCACCCAGAAGGAGAAGAAAGCUUGGCGGCAAUGUGAUCGGGCUGGGCGAUGGGCUGAAGAGGACUACACUCAGUGCCCUUAUACCAGUGAAGUGACUCGUGGGCUGCAUGCGCUCUCCCAGACACCCAUCAAUGGCACAAAUGUCCAGCCUUUAGGCCAGCAGUUAGUAGCCUUCACCAGCAGAGCAGUACACUUCAGUGAUGUCAUGGAUGUCAUCUUCGUCACCCACUUGGUGGAACGACUCACACGGCUCAUGCAGAAACACAAAAAACUGGGGGAUUACGUAUCAGACAUAGCCAGUAACAUGAUGCUGGUGGAAGAGCACCUGCUGUGGAUGGCUCAGAAUGAAGCCAGGGCGUGCACCAGGAUCGUCCAGUGUGUGGAGCGCAUUGCUGACCUGGCAUUGGCUGGAGACAGUCAGGUCAUUUCAAAGGUAUCCGCUAAUAUAGCGCUGGAGGCCUUUGUGAUCAGGCCCUCAAACUUCCAGGGUUUGUCCUGCACAGCGCUGCAGCGGGCCCCCUCAUCUGCCACCUUGCCCUACACUCCCAGCCACGCCCAUUUGGGGAAGGACAGAAACCAGGAGCGGAAUGUUAAGGAGUCGCCGCUGCUACAUUUGAAAUGUCAGACUGUCAACAACAGUGGUUCACCAGCACGUCAACUAAGCAAGAACUCCGUGGCUGUCGCCUCAAUCCAUGUCCCGCUGGCUGGUGCGCCUGCCUCCUCCUCUGCGCUCCAAUCUGUUGAUAACUCCACUUGCAGGCUGCAGUUCAUUGUGUUUCGCAAUGGGAAACUCUUCCCGUGCACAGGAAAUUCUUCCAAGCUGGCAGAUGACGGGAAGCGGAGGAGCGUUUCAACACCAGUUGCUUUCACCAAAUUAGAUGGGUGCAGCCGGGGGAGCGGCGUGCACUCCGUUACCAUCGCUCUCAGGCACUUCGCACUGGGUGUAGAUCCCACUGCAGCCUACUGGGAUUUUGACCUGCUGGAUGGACACGGUGGCUGGAGGGCAGAGGGCUGCCACAUAACCGGCUCCGGCGGAAGCACCACCACUAUCCACUGCAGCCACCAUAGUAACUUUGCUGUGCUGAUGGAUCUGAAGAAGGUGCUGUCAUUCCCCCCCUACCCUGGGGAGUUUUUGCACCCGGUCGUGUAUGCCUGCACGGCGGUCAUGUUGCUCUGCCUCUUUGCCUCCAUCAUCACGUACAUAGUGCACCACAGUGCGAUCCGCAUCAGUCGCAAAGGAUGGCACAUGCUGCUGAACUUCUGCUUCCACACUGCGCUGACCUUCGCCGUGUUUGCCAGUGGCAUCAAUCGAAUCAAAUACCCCAUCAUCUGUCAAUCUGUCGGGUUUGUGCUGCACUACUCAUCCCUGUCGACCAUGCUGUGGCUCGGGGUCACAGCCAGGAACAUUUAUAAGCAGGUGACCAAGAAGCCUCUGCAGAAUCAAGCCAAUGACCCGCCUCCGUCUUCUAAACAGACCCUGCUGAGAUUUUAUUUAGUCAGUGGCGGAGUGCCUCUCCUCAUCUGUGGGGUGACAGCAGCCGUCAAUAUAGACGUCUACGGCAGCGGGGAACAAACACCAUAUUGCUGGAUGGCGUGGGAGCCCAGCCUAGGAGCUUUUUUUGGCCCCGUGGCCUUGAUCGUCCUGGUGACGUGCAUCUACUUCCUCUGCGCCUUCAUCCAGUUGCGGCGGCAUCCUGAGAAGAAGUACGAGCUCAAGCGCCUGUCUGAGGAACAGCAGAGGCUGGCCGGCAUUGACGUACCAACCCACUGCCACCAGGGGGCAGAGCCUGGGGCCCUCACAGCCCACCCCAGUGGGAGCAGCUGCCCCGCUGGCUGCCCCGGCGUUCCCAUCAAUCCCGCUCUGCUGGCUAACGAGCACUCGUUCAGGGCUCAGCUACGAACAGCAGCCUUCACCCUCUUCCUGUUCCUGGUCACCUGGACUUUUGGAGCUUUGGCCGUGUCACAGGGCCACUUCCUCGACAUGAUCUUCAGCUGCCUUUAUGGUGCCUUUUCCGUCACCCUCGGCCUCUUCAUCCUCAUCCAUCACUGUGCCAAACGGGAUGAUGUCUGGCACUGCUGGUGUUCUUGUUGUCCCGGACGACGUCCAGAUGCCGGCUCCGGAGCACAGGGCUCUGCUGUAGCACGGCCCAAAGUCAACGUCAACGGAGAUACGCCUGGGCACAGACACAGUCACAACCAUUGCCACCACGACUCCCAGUGUCAGGGUAAAACAGUGAUCAGCUGCAGCCACGGCAGUUUAGGUCACUGCAAACAUGCUGCUCUACCAUCCUCACAAAACCAUGUAACCUGUUUGACGCCAGUGACGCCCUGCUGUGCCACCCUACGCAGUCAGCAGCUGAUGGAGGAGGAGCCUGCUGCCACCCACGUGUUGCUGCAUUCUGACGCAGAGGGUUGCCCGCCGGGGGUGCAGUUGCACCCCUGCCUAAAGAGCAGCACAAGGACGAAAAGCCGUCACUUUGGCCGCCGGGCUGGGGCAGCUGCCUGUGGAGCAGGGAGCGAAAGGGAAUACGCCUAUCACAUCUCAUCCAGUGCAGAUGGGGGCAGCAUGCACAGCUCACACACUGACAGCCCCCACAGCACACAUGAGCGCCACACCCAUAUCUGUCCGCAUUUGGCUCACGAGGGGCGCCAUGAAGGGCAUCACGCGUGCCACGCCGCUGCAGCCGCCACACACGAGCCUCUGGCAUGCCAUAACCCCUGCCACCGGCACAUCUGCUGUGCCAAGGCUGAGCUUUUUCCCUCUCUGUGCCAGGCAGAGGCCGGAGACACCGGUGUCUUCCUGUGUGGCUGCGGCAAAGUAGCCGAGGAGGAACCAACACAUCACCAUUUGGAAAUGCAUGCCCCGUGCAGACAAUCCUUCCCCCAAACCCCCCCUAACCAGAAUGGGAUUCUUAAAGGGGGGCUGCAUGAAGGACUCUUGUAUACGUCUGACAGCACAGGGAAUAUACGCACCGGGCCCUGGAAGAAUGAAACUACUGUGUAGUCUGGAAAUGAAGAACUGGAGGUGCAGGCCGCAUGAGGCCAAAACAGACAUUCACCUCCCUUUUAGAGUAAAAAGAGAGAGAAAUGAACAGCAUUUGAAACAACAAUCAGUGAGGGGAAUUUAGUUUUAAUGUCCACACAUUUGAAUGUGUGCUGUUUUACUGUACAGAUACCUGACACCAUGCAAAUGCUCGCUGAGAAGCAUCCACAGACACUUGCCACAUCAUGCCAUCAGAUGUAACUGAAGGUCUCUCCACUCUUUCACAUCAUCUCUCUCUAUAUAUACAGAAAAAUGAAUGGUUGUGUGUAUGAUAGGCUCUGUUGGUGCUCAAAGGCAGCAAGCUGCAGGAUGUUUUUGCACUCGUCAAUCUAAGCUACCAUCAGUCUUUAAUAGUGAGCCUCCACUACUUUGAAGAACUGUAUUCAUGUUCUAAACUACUAAACCAGCAAUUUUAGACUUUUCCUCUUUGUUUGUCUUUCACUCACUUUCACUUGCCAGAGAAACGCGGCUGCAAGGGGAGUAAAGCCACAGUGGCAGGAAAAGAAAAGCAGAGCUAAGCACCCUGUUAGUUUGGUAUUGAUCAUGCUGUCUGUAUAAAGUCUUCACCGCUGUGACUCCUUUUUCUGAGGAGAACCAAAGGAAAGCAGAGCAAAGCAUUCAGGUAAGCAGAGUGUCAGAAGCUCCCGGGUCCAGCGACAGAUCAGCUGAGAUGUCAUCCUCCGCUCCUGAUUACCUGUUGGAUCAUACAUCGAAACAUUACAGUCUAAGAAAAGUGGGAUGAUUUCAAUUGCUUUGGGAGUUGCCUGUCCAUCAUUACAUGUCCUGAUAAGUCCAUCUAAAAUAUUAGCCAAAGUAAAAAAAAUAACAGCGGCUGAAACUAAUGCCCAUGUUGUUUACGCUGUGAUUAGUUUGGGUGUCCGUGGAUGUGUUCUCACGUCAGUCAUGCUAUUGCAUCACUCCUUAUUCCUAUUCCAGAUUCCAGGAGUAUUGUACUGCAGAACUGUAUUUAGCAAGAGUUUGAGCUUAGAUCUCCAUUUCAGUCUAGCCCUGAAAAUGUCCUCCUUUGGUGACUUUGCUCUGCUGAAGUCUGGAUUGUUGUCGUUUGAAGCAGGAAGGUCAGAUUCUUGGAGGAGCUGCCUCUGAGAAGAGAAAGAAAAAAGAAACCGGACUGACUUGUGAAUGAUGGUUAUGAAUGGUGAUUCUGGCAUUUUGGUCAGAUUUCCAUUGAAUUAGAAAUAUUCCCAAACAGAGCAUAAUAUUCACACAGAAAACUGUUCUAUAGCCAAGUGGCUACAGCAGCAUGAACACCAACUCUUGACUCCAUCUUGUGCACUCUUGUCUUUGUACAUAGAUUUGUUUUCUGGUGAAUUAUUUUCUAAAAGAUAAAAAUGGUAUUUAAGAAUAAAAUAACUAUAUGUAAAGAAAGAUUUAUGGAGGGAAAUGACUUCUCUAUGUUAAUGCUCAGUAUCUGAGUUUAGAAAUGUCCUUUUUUUGUUUUCAGAUGGCCUUUUUCUGUUCAUGAAGUAUGCAGACUCGCCAUGUGUUGUGAAACUUCUCUGUCAAUUCAGAAAUAGACACACACUAUAUGUAUAACAAUUUGGCCUGCCAGAAAAAAAGAAUUUGUCAAUAGUAGAGUAUGAUUAGAGCUGUAACUCUAGUUCAGACAGAAACCUGGCUGUCCUACUCCUGCAAAGAGAUGUGUAAUAGUAUGACAGCACAUUCAAGCCUCUCAUGCAAAGCCACACCCUAAAGACAGAAUGCCGGACGAGGUCAACCUUGCUGUACAACAUAUGUAUUUGCUGGUGGUGUGUCUGUGAGAAGAUGUUUGUUAUCAUGGCUGCCAUAGGCUGCCAUUUGUCGUCAUCAGUAGCAGAUGUACUGCCCCAAACAAGCUUGAUGGCAUAGUUUCAGCUCACCAGACAGCUGCUGGAAUAUUCACCUGUGGUACUGUGAGAAAACCUGAAGCCAGUUUUCACUUUUUCUACAUUGACACAGAUUCCAAUAAAUGUAUUUUUUCACCAUACAAAGGA